CCGGGCACGAGAAGGGCUGGGCCGAGGUGCCGCGGGGUUGCUGGAGGGUCGUGGGAGGCACGUCGGAGACAUGUCGGGGGGCAGCAGCUGCAGCCAGACUCCCAGCCGGGCCAUCCCCACUCGCCGCGUAGCCCUAGGCGACGGCGUGCAGCUCCCGCCCGGGGACUACAGCACCACCCCGGGCGGCACGCUCUUCAGCACCACCCCGGGAGGAACCAGGAUCAUCUAUGACCGGAAGUUCCUGAUGGAGUGUCGGAACUCACCUGUGGCCAAAACCCCCCCGAAGGACCUGCCAGCCAUUCCUGGGGUCACUAGUCCGACCAGCGAUGAGCCUCCCAUGCAAGUCAGCCAGAGCCACCUGCACAGCCCGGAAGAAAAGCGGGCAGGCGGUGAAGAGUCACAGUUUGAGAUGGACAUUUAAGGGACCAGCCAUAGGACGGAGUGAUGCCUCUGGGCCCCCGAGGCCCUUGGAAGGAGAGCCACAGCAGUCAGGCCUUAACACCAGGCAGAUGUUGGGUGUGGGCAACCCAGUCCUGCUCCUUGCUCAGCCCCUGCUCCGCCUUCCAUUUUGUGAACACCAGCACAUACCUCCUUGUGCCUCUGAUGAUACUGAGCUGCUACUACAGGGGGAUGAUUCUUGUCCACACCCUGCAUCCAGUGCCAGGAAGUGGACACAGAGGAACCCAUCAGGAUGACCGUCUGGCAAUUCCAGCCCCAGCCUCUGGAGCACACCCACCCUUUCCUUGGGCUGGGGUACCUGGGAAAGCUACCCUUUUUACUUCUUUCCCUGAGAGGAAAUAAAAGCCACCUUUACCCUAGGCCCAAGGUUGGGCCCUGUCUGAACUGUUUUCAACUUGAAGUGAUAACACAGUUAACUCUCUGUUCCA